GUUGUCAAGGCAUCCUCUGGUGGGAAAAGUACAAAGAGGACACCGGUAAAAAAUGUUAAUUCAUCAGGCUCCUAUGCAGAUGUUGGGCAAUACGUUGAAGGGAUAUUGCAGAAAACAUCACAAUUAUUGUUUUCAGAGGUCAAGGAAGAAAAUAUAAAGUUACACGGGGAGCAACUGGGUACUGUGGUAUCUGAAAAAUUACAAAAAAACCUCAGUUCAGAGUUUAAGAACCUUGCUAUGAUCUUUAAGAACACAGCAUAUACAGAAGGGUUCCAUGCUGGUACUCGCUGCCAGCCCCCGCGCAUGUGAAGCAUACGAUGGUUUAAGAUUUGCUGGAGGGAAAGUAAAAGAGACCAAAAUUUUAACUCUAGUUGUUCAAUGUUUAGUUUGUG